AUGUCUAAGGCUACUGUCCACGUUAUUGAUGUUGAAAGUGGUAACUUACAAUCACUAACCAACGCCAUCCAUCAUCUUGGUUACCAAGUUGAAUUGGUUAAAACUGCCGAUCAAUUAGUUAAAUCCAAUCCAGAGAGAUUAAUCUUACCUGGUGUAGGUAAUUACGGCCAUUUUGUCGAUAAUCUUUUCAGUCGUGGUUUUGAACCUGCCAUUAGACAAUAUAUUCAAUCAGGAAAACCUAUAAUGGGGAUAUGUGUAGGUUUACAAGCCAUGUUUAGUGGGUCUGUAGAAAGUCCAUCCAGUAAAGGGUUGAACUAUAUCAAUAUGACCUUAUCAAAAUUUAAUGAUUUAAAUAAACCCGUCCCUGAAAUCGGUUGGAACAGUGUGAUUCCAUCAGAUUCCCUAUUCUACGGAAUAGAUUCAUAUAAACGUUAUUAUUUUGUUCAUUCUUAUGCAGCAAUGUUGAAUGAUCCAAGCUUAGAGGCUAAAUUAAGAGAAAAUGGUUGGAAUUUAGCUAAAACAAAAUACGGUGAUGAGACUUUUAUUGCUGCAAUUUCUAAGGAUAAUAUUUUUGCUACUCAAUUCCAUCCAGAAAAAUCUGGAUCUGCUGGAUUAUCAAUAAUCGAUAAUUUUAUUCAACAAAAGAAAACCGUUCCAUUGCCAGAAUAUACUGAAGAACAAAAAUUACAAUUGACCAACGAUUACAGUAACUAUGGUUUAACAAGAAGAAUAAUUGCAUGUUUAGACGUAAGAACAAAUGACCAAGGUGAUUUAGUUGUCACUAAAGGUGAUCAAUACGAUGUACGUGAAAAGGAUAGCAAAAAUAAUAAUGUUAGAAAUCUGGGUAAGCCCGUCGAAUUAGCACAAAGAUACUACGAGCAAGGUGCUGAUGAAGUAACAUUCUUGAAUAUCACUUCUUUCAGAGACUGUCCAUUAAGAGAUGCUCCAAUGUUGGAAGUUUUAAGACUCGCUGCGAAAACCGUCUUUGUUCCAUUUACUGUAGGUGGUGGUAUUAAAGAUAUUAUUGAUGUGGAUGGUACAAGAAUUCCAGCUUUAGAUGUAGCAAGUCUAUAUUUUAAGUCAGGUGCCGAUAAAAUCUCUAUUGGUACCGAUGCUGUUUAUGCUGCAGAAAAAUAUUAUGCUAAUGGUAAAAAAGGCGAUGGAUCUUCUCCAAUAGAGACAAUUUCCAAAGCAUAUGGUGCACAAGCUGUAGUUAUCUCCGUAGAUCCAAAGAGAGUAUAUGUGAACAGUCCAAAUGAUACAAAGAAUAAAACCUUCCAAAGUAAAUAUCCUGACGCACAAGGACGUACAUGGUGCUGGUAUCAGUGUACCAUUAAGGGUGGAAGAGAGACAAGAGAUUUAGGUGUUUGGGAAUUGAUUCAAGCUUGUGAAGCCCUUGGUGCAGGAGAAAUUCUUUUGAAUUGUAUUGAUAAAGAUGGAUCAAAUACUGGAUAUGAUUUAGAAUUGAUUGAUCAUGCUAAGGUUGCUGGUAAGAUUCCUGUUAUUGCAUCCAGUGGUGCUGGUAAACCAGCACAUUUUGCAGAAGCAUUUAGUAAAACUAAAGCUGACGCAUGUCUUGGUGCUGGUAUGUUCCAUAGAGGGGAAUAUACAGUUAAUGAUGUCAAAAACUACUUGCUAGAGCAUAAUUUUAAAGUUAGGAUGGAUUCUACUGCAAAUUAA